AUGGUUGUUAAAGAUUGGUAUAAAGUUACGCCUGCGUUAUCGCAGCCAGUGCUAAAUUGUAUCAAAAAGCAGGAAUUUAAAACAAUGACGCCCAUACAAGCAGCUGUGAUUCCACUUAUUUUGUCUUGCAAAGAUGUUGUAGCUGAGGCCGUGACUGGAUCCGGAAAAACGCUGGCGUUUGUCGUUCCGAUGCUAGAGAUGUUGAUUAAGCGGGAAAAAGAGACACCUCUUAGGAAAGAUUUUGUUUAUGCUGUUAUUAUUUCACCUACAAGGGAAUUGGCUACUCAAAUACAUAAGGUGAUAGAAAACUUCCUAGAAGAGCCUGAGUUAAAGCACUUUACACUGUCACUGCUUGUGGGCGGUCGACCAAUUGAAGUGGAUGCAGAGAGUAUGAAGAAAGGUGCUCAGAUAGUAGUGUGCACUCCGGGAAGGUUUCAGGAUCUAUUGGCUGAGAGGAAACAUCUUAAUUUACCAGGAAGACUUAAGGAAUUGGACUUUCUAGUACUAGAUGAAGCUGAUCGCCUCCUCGACCUAGGUUUCAGUGUCACCCUCACAACAAUAUUACAAUACCUGCCCAGACAACGACGCACGGGUCUCUUCUCUGCAACACAGACUAAAGAACUACAAGAUCUAGUUAGAGCCGGUCUUAGGAACCCCGUACUAAUAAGCGUUAAGGAAAAAUCUUCGAUCAGUACUCCCAUUGCUUUAGAGAAUUACUAUGUAAUAGUACAGCCAGAAGAUAAAUUUCUAUUUUUACUUAAUUUCAUCAGAAAUAGAAAGAUAGUAAAAGGUCUCUUCUUUCUACCGACGUGUGCGUGCGUCGAUUACUGGGCGGACGUUCUACCAGCUCUCCUGCCAGAUAUAAAAAUAUUCUCUAUACAUGGAAAGAUGAAGUUGAAACGAAGCAAGAUAUUGGAGAAAUUUAGAGAUGCGGAGAAUACUAUUUUGCUGUGUACAGAUUUAAUGGCGAGAGGUUUAGACAUCCCUGAAGUAGAGUGGGUGCUGCAAUGGGAGCCCCCUACAAGUCCUGCAGCCCUAGUUCAUCGUGCUGGGCGAACCGCGCGAGGAGGAGCGAAGGGGUGUUCGCUGUUACCACUGCUACCCACCGAGGAUACAUAUGUGCCUUUCAUCAAGGCCAACCAGAAGGUGGAACUAGUGGACUGGUGGAAGUCCACCGAUGAGAUCAAGAUCACGCAGAAAUUAAGAGACAAAGUUCUAUCAAUUCUUCACGAACAACAGAGGAAGGACAGAGCUGUUCUAGAUAAAGGACAGCGAGCUUUCGUAUCGCACAUAAGAGCAUAUUCCAAACACGAGUGUAACCUCCUGCUCCAAUUAAAAGAACUACCACUAGGCCAUAUAGCCACUAGCUAUGGUCUACUAAAACUGCCAUUAAUGCCUGAGAUAAAAGAAGAGCAUAAGAAACAGUUUGUUGGGCCAAAAGAUAAGAUAGAUUUCAACAGUAUACCAUACAAAGAUAAACAGAAGGAAGCGAGUCGAUUGCAGAAGUUAGAGGAAUACAAAAAGACAGGCAUGUGGCCAUCUAAGAAGAAAAAGAAAAUGACAAAAACGCAGCCAUGGGAGCAAACAAAACAAAAUAAGUUGGAACAUAAAGAGAAAAGAAAGAAGAGGAAAGAGUUAAAAAAGAAAUUAAAAGAAGAGGGAAAGAGUGGGAAGAAAAGGAAAGCAGUAACGCAAGAAGAGUUAGAUGAACUGGCAGCCGAUGUGGCGCUCAUUAAGAAACUUAAAAAGCGAAAAAUAACAAGAGACCAAUUUGACCAAGCUUUUGAUGUAGAUAAAUAAAUAUAUGUGUAUAACAUUUAUUGUUA